AUGCCUCCCAAGCAAUCCACCUCCACGGCCCGCGGCAGAGGCGCAUCAUCAGCCGCUGGACGACCGCCCAAAGCCAAACCCGCAUCGACGUCGAAGCGACAACACGCAGCCUCGUCAUCCUCCCGCGGCGGAAGACAGACGUUGCAGUCCCCGCAGAUAAUUAACUCGGACCAGAGCGACCUAGACCCCUUUGCGGACGACGACGACGACGACCCGCCGCGACGCGAGCGACAACGGCAGGAGCAGGCCAUGGAAGUUGAUCAAGACGAGGAGGAGGACAAUAAUAAUGGGGAAGAAGAUCAAGAGGACAAGGACGACGACGACGACGAGGCGCAGAAGACGAUCCCGCCCGAGCUGCUGACGCGCCUGCUGCACGAGUUCUUCGAGAAGGACGGCACGCGCAUCUCGCGGGACGCCAACGCGGCCGUCGCGAAGUACAUGGACAUCUUUGUGCGCGAAGCGGUUGCGCGGACGGCGGUCGAGAAGGGGGCGGGGUUUUUGGAGGUCGAGGAUUUGGAAAAGGUCGCGCCGCAGCUGCUGCUUGAUCUUUGA